AUGACUGUCAUAAUAACUGGACCCCCUGGAGAUGUACUGGCGCUCAAGAAUCCGCUCUUGGUAAAUGCCAAAGCGGGGCUGCUGUCGGAACGGCGACCGCGAACCCCGCCCUGUCCUCACGCCUCCCAACCUUUCCCACGUCCGCGGUCGAACGGCCGCUUCGCGCCGCCGCCCACGCCGCCCGAACGGUCGGUCCCCACCGCCCGCCCGCACCCGCUUAUCUCACGCGCGCCCGUCCUCCGCGCUCGUCCGUCCGGCGCCCGUCCUCCCGCGCCGUCCUCGCCGGCGCCCGUCCUCGCCGCCCGAUAG